UUUUUUUUUUUUUGCUUGUUUUCUAGCAAGCAGUUCGUCUUGUUGGCAAAUAAUGACAAACACUCCUGUUAUUAUGCUUCCACCUCGUUCGUCUACUGUUACUCAUACAUCAUCGACUUCUUUAAUGGAAUCUUUUCAUACAAGUCUUAUCGAUAUUCCUACUUCUUCAACAACAAUAACUUCUCAGCCUACUUCUCAAGAUUCUCAACAAACACAUAGAACUUCUACUAAUGCAUUAUCAACAAUUACAACUGAUAUUUUUAACCAUCAACGUGAUCUAUCUGUGGCAGAAUGGGCUGAUAGAACUAGCAAAAGUAAGAAGGAAUUUUUUUUAUUGAGAAAGGAUAUCUUAGCGGAGUAUACUGAAAUGGAAUAAAAUAGAAAUGAUAAAACUUACAUACUUCUUUUAUAUAGGAACAGUACCUUGUUUGGUAAUGAAUCAAGAUUGGAAAGACGUACAUAGAAAUAUCAAGCAAAUGGAUCAAUUAUAUGAUGCUACUUUUUAUUCUUGGUUGAAAUCUGAAGAUAAUGUUCUAGUUACCGCUAUGUAUUUACAUCGUAUUGCCAAUGAAUAUUCUCUGGAUCGUAUCAUCAAUGCUGUGAAAUGGUUAGUGGCUGAUUGGCGUUGGGAAAGUACAAGCAUUUUGGUUCGUCAUAUCACUGUUGGUUGGUGUGAUGAACAAGGUAAAAAUCUUAAUUAUUUAAAAUAAUUGAUUUUAUUUAUUUAUUUAUUUAUUUAUUUUUGAUACUCAUUUGACUUAGGUGACAUGCGACGAGCACAACUUUUACGACAUCUGACACAAACAUGGGCAACUCAAUAUACUGCUACUCUUAUCACCACCAUUCUUGCCACUCCUCCUUAUGUUACUGCUCAAAAACAUCAACGAGAACGAUUUCUUCAAGCGUUUACAGAUGGUUGGGAUUUUUCAAAGUUAUCAGAGUUCUUCAUGUACCUACAAAGUCAAGCCAAUAUCGAUUACAAGGUGAAAUGUAUCAUGUUACAAGAAGCUGCUAGACGUGAACGGGAAACACUCGGUGCAAAAUUGAAUUGGAGACGAAGGCGGCGAAAUCAUUUAGAUGAUACCAGUAAUACUCAAACAGCAACAACAACAACAACAACAGCAACAACAUCUUUAUCGACAAUAAUAUCAGAUACACCAUCAUCACCGUCACCAUCAC